GCUACAUCGUCUAUCAUUGAACUGGAAAGAACGCAUGGCUUGUGACUUUGGUCGACUGCUUUCCGUCUGUAUCUUUAUAUUGUUAUCGCACUUGAGAACACCUAUAGUCUCUUCCAAACCGCGAGUCCCAUGUUACUUCAUAUUCGGAGACUCGUGGGUGGAUAAUGGCAACAACAAUAAACUCAAGACGAAGUGUAAGGUAAACUACCCACCUUACGGGAUUGAUUUUCCGGAAGGCGAUACAGGCAGGUUUAGCAAUGGCCGAACUUCAGCAGAUAUCAUCGGUCAACUCCUAGGUUUCAACAAGUUCAUUCCCUCAUAUGCUACUGCACGUAAUAAGGACUUCAAAAGAGGUGUAAACUAUGGUAGUGGUUGUGCUGGCAUUAGAAAAGAAUCUGGAAGGCAUUUGGGUGAUCGGAUAUUUAUGAAUAGGCAAUUACGUCACCACAAAUCAAUAGUUUCUAAACUUACUCAAUCGAAAAAGAAUAGAUCACUUCUAAAAAAAUGUGUUUACAUUGUAAAUAUUGGAAGCAACGAUUACCUUAACAACUUCUUCCUGCAUGAUAUUUACAAUACAAGCAACAAGUAUACCAAGGAUCAAUACGCAAAAGUCCUUAUGCGACAAUUCUCUAAACAACUAAGGACUUUAUACCGUUUGGGAGGUAGAAAGAUUGUUGUGUUUGGUCUGGCUGAAAUGGGGUGCACCCCAGCUUUGAUGUACAAGUUUGGCACCAAUGGGAAACCAUGUGUAGCGUCAAUCAAUGACGCCGUACGGUUAUUCAAUGAUCGGCUUACGUCUCUUGUUGAUGAGCUCAACAAAAAGAACUCAGAUGCAAGAUUCACGUUCAUCAACCUUGCAAGCAUUUUAUCACCACUAGGAGAUGUACCCUUGCUAAGUGCUCCUUGUUGCCGUAUAAGGAAAGAUUGGCAAUGCGUUCCAAGCUCGGCUCCUUGCCCUCUUCGGAAUUUGUCUAUUUUCUUUGACGGUAUCCACCAAACAGAAAUUUGUAAUAUCCUGGUUGCAAGAAGAUCAUAUAAUGCUUCCUCUCGGACAGACGCUUAUCCAUAUGAUAUAAGGCAUUUGGCUGAACUUUAGCAAUGAACUACAUGGUACACAUUUCAGUGCAAAGAUGUUGAAAAGACGAAGUGUUGCGACGCAUUACUGUGUAUUUACGCUAUAAAAUUGGGUGUUUUCUAGUUGAUCAAUAUUCAUCAAUCUUUCUCCAACAUUCUUUUAGAAAGCUGUUAAAAUUUAUGAGGUUAAGUAUCUCAUGAUGAAAACAAUGUAGACAUUCUUGAGGUUAUUAUUAUUUAUUGU